GGCUCUGAAUGUGGAGGGGAAAGAAACGUGACCAAACACACACGUCACGCGCGUGACACAUUUAAUUUCGAUCUCCGCGGCGUCACCUUCCUGAUCGAGUGACAUUCUCCUGGUGCUUGCAACGAGGUGGGGAAGACGUAAAAAGACGCAAAUGUCCUCCAACAAACGCCAACGUACGCUUUCGGGUUCGCGACUAUCGCUUCCAUCUCAAUCCACAUCGACAUCGCCAUUACAAGAACCUGAACCCAUGUAUAAGUCUAGUCGUACCGCAGAGAAGGCAACGGGGGAUCGCCAUUUGCUCUGCACACUCCCCCCGACGUGUAAUCCGCCGCAUAACCGCCCGACACCGAUCGCAAACUCGAGAGAUCUGGAGGCGCAUUAUGGAAAAUACCAUGCACAAGUCUGUGAGCAGAAGGGAUGUGGUUUCGUGUUUCCCGAUGCGAGGUUGCUAGAGCUCCACCAAACAGAAUGCCAUGAUCCACUUGCUGCUGUUCGGAAAGAUAGAGGGGAUAAAAUUUUUGCUUGCCAUCUUGUAUCAUGUCCACGAUUAUUCCAGACGCCAAAAGCACGUCGAUUACAUCUUAUUCAAGCACACUCAUACCCAAAAGAGUACUUUUUCGCUGUGACAAACAAAGGUGUUGGUGGUCUACUUAAACGCUGGGGAGAUGGCGCCAGCAUGAUCAGAGGAACCUGGAAGCCCAGGGAUAAUAAAAACGAUAGGAACUCCGAAGAUGACGAAAUGGUCGUAGAUGAGGAUGAAGAAGAAGAUAGCGAUGAAAGUGAAGAUGAAGAGUCAAGCAGUGGUGACGAACAAAACGGAGAAGCAACACCAAAAAUACGUCACCAUCAAGAGCUGGAGGAAAUACCCAGACGAACCGCUAUCUCACCACCACGGCGAGGAAAUGGUGCAGUGCAGACUGCAACUGACCAUGACGUAGACAAAUUGGCAAACUCGAUAAACUCUCUAUCUUUGGUCCCACCAUCCAUACGGUUCGGAAGAGGUGGAAAGAAUGGAGGAUUUGUUCAUCCAGAGAUGCACAAUCCGCAGGUCAGCAAAUUUAACCCUCACACGUUCGGUCCAAGAGGCGGUAGAGGGAGAGCGAGGAUAGCAACUGCGGUUCAUCCCCGUGCUGGAUCCCAUAAUGUGCAGAUUGGUGCGCCUCACCCCUCCACAGAAUCUGACGUACAGCAUGUGAUAGGGCCUGUAUCGAGGGGUAGACCGCCUCGUGGAAGAGCGGGCGUCAUCCAUGUCGGGAGAGGUUUCAGAGGUCGUGGUCGCGGGUCAUAGAGGGGAGGUAUGGAGAUUAAUCGGGGGGGGAAGUGCUGAUAGGGGCAAAUAUCACAGACCGAUUUCUGAUGGAAACAACGUGCACGUGUAUUCCAAGCAAUGUACAUCACCUCUUUUGUUUUAUCGUUCAUCACUUGCAUUCUA